AUGGUUGAAGAAGUUGGAAAAAGAAGGAAAACCGUUCAAAAUACUGUUACUAAACCACCAAGACCUUCAAAAAUCUUCAGUCCUUUUAGAGUCUUGGGUAAUGUUACUGAUUCAACACCAUUUGCAAUUGGAACUUUAGGUAGUACUUUUUAUGCUGUUACUUCAGUUGGAAGAUCUUUUCAAAUUUAUGAUUUAGCUACUUUACAUUUAUUAUUUGUUUCCCAAACUCAAACCCCAUCAAAAAUUACUUGUUUGACAGCUCAUCAUCAUUAUGUUUAUGCUGGAUAUGGUAAUCAAAUUGGAAUUUAUAAACGUGGUAGACUUGAACAUACUUUGAAUUGUGAAACUAAUGGAACUAUUAAUCAAUUAUUAGUUUUUGGUGAAUACUUUAUUGCUACUUGUACCGAAGGGGAUAUUUUUGUCUUCAAGAAAACUGGAGGUCUGAAAUAUGCCACUGAACUAUACACCACUAUCAGAGUUAUUAAUUCUGCUAUUGAAGGGGAAAUCAUUGGAUUGAUUCAUCCAGCAACAUACUUGAACAAGAUUGUUGUUGCUACCACUAAUUCUUUGUUUAUCAUUAAUGUUAGAUCAGCAAAAUUGUUAUACAAAUCUCCAGAACAACAAUUUGAAGGAGAAGACAUUUCUGCAAUUGAAUCAGCUCCUGUUUUGGAUGUAGUUGCAGUAGGUACAUCUUCCGGAAAUGUUUUCUUGUACAAUUUGAAGAAAGGUAAAAUUUUGGGUGAAAAAAUUACUACCUCAGGUACAGAAUCAUCUUCAAGAGUUACUUCUAUUUCAUUUAGAACAGAUGGAGCUCCUCAUUUAGUUGCAAGUUUAAACAAUGGUGAUUUAUACUUUUAUGAUUUGAACAAGAAAUCAAGAGUUCAUGUUUUAAGAAAUGCUCAUAAAGAAUCACAUGGUGGUGUGGCUAAUGCUAAAUUCUUGAAUGGUCAACCUAUUGUUUUAACUAAUGGUGGUGAUAAUCAUUUGAAAGAAUUUGUAUUUGAUCCAAAUUUAACAACUUCCAAUUCAUCAAUUGUUCCACCUCCACGUCAUCUUAGAUCAAGAGGUGGUCAUUCUGCACCUCCAGUUGCUAUUGAAUUCCCACAAGAAGAUAAAACUCAUUUCAUGUUGAGUGCUUCUAGAGAUAAAACAUUCUGGAGUUUCUCAUUAAGAAAAGAUGCUCAAGCUCAAGAAAUGUCUCAAAGAUUACAAAAAUCAAAAGAUGGCAAAAGACAAGCUGGUCAAGUUAAUUCCAUGAGAGAAAAAUUUCCAGAAAUUAUUAGUAUUACUUCAUCCACUGCUAGAGAAGGAGAAUGGGAAAAUGUUAUUACUGCCCAUAAAGACGAACCAUUUGCUAGAACUUGGGAUUCUAGAAAUAAAAGAGUUGGUAGACAUGUAUUGAAAACCGUUGAUGAAGGUAUGGUUAAAUCUGUAUGUAUUUCACAAUGUGGUAAUUUUGGUUUAGUUGGUUCUUCAUUAGGUGGUAUUGGAUCAUACAAUUUACAAAGUGGUUUAUUACGUAAGAAGUAUAUGUUGCAUAAAAAUGCUGUCACUGGUUUAGCUAUGGAUGGAAUGAAUAGAAAAAUGGUCAGUUGUGGUUUGGAUGGUAUUGUUGGUUUUUACGAUUUUGGAAAAUCAAGAUACUUGGGAAAAUUACAAUUGGAUGCUCCAAUUACUUCUAUGGUUUACCAUAAACUGUCUGAUCUUAUUGCUUGUGCAUUAGACGAUUUAUCUAUAGUCGUUAUUGACGUAACAACUCAAAAAGUCGUUAGAAUGUUGUAUGGUCAUACCAAUAGAAUUUCCGGUUUGGAUUUCUUCCCAGAUGGUAGAUGGAUUGUUUCCGUUGCCUUGGAUUCUACUUUAAGAACUUGGGAUUUACCAACAGGUGGAUGUAUCGAUGGUGUUGUUUUACCUAUUGUUGCAACUUCUGUUAAAUUUUCACCUUUGGGAGAUGUAUUGGCUACUACACACGUCUCGGGUAAUGGUAUUUCCUUGUGGACCAAUAGAGCUCAAUUCAGACCAGUUUCAACUAGACAUGUUGAAGAAGAUGAAUUUUCAACUAUUUUAUUACCUAAUGUAUCUGGUGAUGGUGGUUCAUCUAUUCUUGAAGGUGCAUUGGAUGAUGAUAAAGAUGAAGACUUUUCUCUUGCUGAAAUUUAUGAUAGUGUUGCACAAAUUGAUGAAAGUUUGGUUACUUUAUCCAAUGGACCAAGAACCAAAUUCAACACUUUGUUACAUUUAGAUCUUAUCAAACAAAGAAGUAAACCAAAAGUCGCACCAAAGAAAUCAGAAAAGACUCCAUUUUUCUUACAAUUAAGUGGGUUAGCAGUUGGUGACAGUGCUUCUGUUGCUGAAGGAAAAGUUGUUGAACAAAAACAAGACACUGAAGAUGAAGAAAGUAAAUUACGUAAAUUGGAUUCAUCUAAGAAGUACUCCUUUGAAAGUGAAUUUACAAGAUUGUUAAGAGAAGCUGGUGAACAAGAUGAUUUCAAUGAAUUUUUAGCAUAUUUGCUUGGUUUAUCACCAGCUGUAUUGGAUUUAGAAAUCAGAUCAAUUAAUUCAUUCCCUCCAUUAACUGAAAUGGCUAACUUUAUCAAAGCUUUAAAUUUUGCUUUGAAACUGAAUAUGAAUUUUGAAAUCUUGGAAACUUUGUACACUAUGUUUUUCAGAGCUCAUGGUGAUGUAAUACAUCAAUAUGAGAAUGAAACUGAAGUACAUGAUGCUUUAGAAGAAUAUCAUCAAUUGAAUACUGAAAUGUGUGAAAAAAUGGACACAUUGGUCAAAUAUUGUUCUGGUAUUGUUAAUUUCAUUAGUUAG